CCGGAAGUGGGCGGGAGAGGAAGCAGCUGGUGAUGCUGGAACAAACAUGGCCGACCCGGCGCCCGUCGCCCCCUCGGGCUCCCGCAGUCCUCGGCUAGCCGCCGGCCUCCGGCUAUUCCCAGUGUUGGGGCUGCUGCAGCUGCUGGCCGAGCCCGGCCUGGGCCGCGUCCACCACCUGGCGCUCAAGGAUGACGUGAGGCAUAAGGUUCAUCUGAACACCUUUGGAUUCUUCAAGAAUGGGUACAUGAAGGUGAAUGUCAGUAGCCUUUCAGUGAAUGAACCUAAAGGAGCCACAGACAAGGACUCAACUAUUGGAUUCAGCCUAGACCGAACAAAGAAUGAUGGAUUUUCUUCUUAUCUGGAUGAAGAUGUGAAUUAUUGUAUUUUAAAGAAACAGUCUGCCUCUGUCACCCUUUUAAUCCUAAACAUCUCCAGAAGUGAAGUGAAAAUAAGAUCUCCACCAGAAGCUGGUACCCAGUUACCGAAGAUCAUCUUUACCAAGGAUGAGAAGGUUGUUGGUCAGAACCGGGAGCCUGGUGUUGACCCUGUCUCAGCAGGCAGCCAGGCUCCAAAAGAACAAGAAAGUGGAAAGUCUAAAAGAAGUACCGUGGAUUCAAAGGCAACAGGAGAGAAAUCCUUUUCUGUUCGUAAUAAUGAUGGGGCAGUUUCAUUCCAGUUUUUCUUUAACAUCAGCACUGAUGACCAAGAAGGACUCUACAGUCUUUAUUUUCAUAAGUGUCUUAGAAGUGACGUUUGGUCUAAUGACAAGUUUUCAUUCAGCCUCGAUAUCGAGAUCACAGAGAAGAAUCCUGACAGCUACCUCUCAGCGGGAGAAAUUCCUCUCCCCAAAUUGUACAUUUCCAUGGCCUUCUUCUUCUUUCUCUCUGGGACCAUCUGGAUUCACAUCCUUCGAAAACGACGGAAUGAUGUAUUUAAAAUUCACUGGCUGAUGGCUGCCCUUCCUUUCACCAAGUCUCUUUCCUUGGUGUUCCACGCAAUUGACUACCACUACAUCUCCUCCCAGGGCUUCCCGAUCGAAGGGUGGGCUGUGGUGUACUACAUCACUCACCUCCUGAAGGGGGCACUGCUGUUCAUCACCAUCGCACUCAUCGGCACUGGCUGGGCUUUCAUUAAGCACAUCCUUUCUGAUAAAGACAAGAAGGUCUUCAUGGUGGUCAUCCCACUGCAGGUGCUGGCCAACGUGGCCUACAUCAUCAUAGAGUCCACCGAGGAGGGGGCGACGGAGUACGGCCUGUGGAAGGACUCCCUGUUUCUCGUUGACCUGCUGUGCUGCGGCGCCAUCCUCUUCCCCGUGGUGUGGUCAAUCAGGCAUUUACAAGAAGCGUCAGCCACAGAUGGAAAAGCUGCUAUUAACUUAGCGAAGCUGAAACUUUUCAGACAUUACUACGUCUUGAUCGUAUGUUACAUAUACUUCACCAGGAUUAUCGCAUUUCUCCUCAAGCUCGCUGUUCCUUUCCAGUGGAAGUGGCUCUACCAGCUCCUGGAUGAAAUGGCCACGCUGGUGUUCUUUGUUCUCACGGGGUAUAAGUUCCGUCCAGCCUCAGACAACCCCUACCUACAGCUCUCUCAGGAAGAAGAUGACUUGGAAAUGGAAUCUGUAGUGACGACGUCAGGGGUGAUGGAGAGUAUGAAGAAAGUCAAGAAGGUGACCAACGGCUCGGUGGAGCCGCAGGGCGACUGGGAAGGCAGCGCGUGAGGAGCGGCUCAGCGGGGCGCUGGCAGAGACUUUAAUUUAUUCGCAGUCCGGUUGGUCAGCGGGAGCGUCGGCCCCUCGCGAUGGCAACACCGCAGAGCACGCGGCUGGAGCCGAGCGCCAUGGAGACCCAACUUCUCACUCUUUUCUGGACGCCGGGUGCGCGUUGGUGACAGGCAGCCCGCAUUCUCCUUCAGGAGGGAGUGGCGGGGAGGGAGUGUAAGAGGAGGCAGGGGAAAGGAAGCCUUUGUUUUUAAUUUCUAUUUCCGCUUUUUAAUCGGGGAGCUCUUCAGGUAGACGCAGUUGUGACCCAGUGUAUAGCAGGGAGUGCUGGUGGAUGGGGGACCCCGCGGGCCUGGGGAGGGGCUUCAGGAGGUGAGCUGCUGUCGAGAGGGAGCUCGGGGACUCACAGAGAAGGCCGGGGCUGGGAGGGGGCAAGUGUCACUGCAUCUUCGGGGAGAAAACGGAUGAGGUUAUUUUACAAAGAAAGUCGAGACUCAGUGUAGCAUGAGGAGCCUGCCUCGGGGUUCCUGGCCCCGAAUGUCGCCCCAGACCUUCGUCCCAAAUUCUGAAAGUGACCAGGGGCCGUGGCUGUCCAAGGGCUGCGAUGUCACCGUCCAUCAGGGCCCUGCUGGUGGCAAACGGUUUCCUGCCUGAUGGACGGACAGAAGUGUGUUCUUAGCUCGAAAAGCCACCUCUGGGAGGAUUUCCCUGAAGCUCUGGCUUCCCCGGCAGCCCCGGGCAGCGCCGUCCCUGGCGGCCCUGGCCGCUCCUCUCAAAGCUGCCCCUGUUCUGUGUGGUCAGAAGAGGGGCAAUGGGAAGGACUUUCCUUCAGGAGCAGCUUGGGGCAGAGGGGUCCUGGUGAAGCAAACCCUUCAGUCCAAGAACGCUUUCCCUGUGAGCCGGGUGGCACUCGCGAGCAGAGGAGUGGUGUGGACCUCGUCCCUGUAUUCCAGGAGCAGGCAUGUGAAGAAGGAGAGUGUCACUGGUGGUUUUACUCUCGGACUCUGGGGGUGGGGAGCCCCUUUCAGGAAUCUCAGUGAGGUUCUCUUCCAAACUUGCAGAGCAUGGAGCUGAGCACGGGCGGGAACGGCACUGCCGCUCUGCUCAGAGCCGAGGCCUUUGGAUAACGGGGUGAGCCCAGAGGGUCCACCGUGACCCGGGGCAUAGCAGGACUGGCCGGUCACCUCCCACUAAGGCUUCGGCUGCAGGGGCCCGAGACGGGGGCUGAGACUGCGUGUCGGGAACACGGGGUGCUGGCCAUGCGUGUGUGUGUCAGAAGUCUGAGCCCUCCCUCUCCUCCUGAGUGCCAGACGGUGACGGCGGCUGGGGGUGGUCCUCAGACUGCUGGCCUGGAAGGGUCGAUGAGAAGCCACAGGAUUUAGGGGUGCCGCUCAGCAGCCCCGGUUUAGGAGCCUGAAGCGUCUCUACUGAGAAAGCUGUGGUUUUCCCUUGCCCACGCCCCGGUCGCGUCCCGGCUGACCACGAGGAAGCAUGUGUCCCUUGUGCGCUCUUUGAUAUCCCCCCAUGCUCUCCUGGCACAACCUCCACGGGGCUCGGGCCCGGCCCAGCGUGGAGAGGAGCGAGCCCCUGGCCAGACCCUGCCCCUCACCUUUCCACAGAUAUUUGCGGGGAGGUUCGUGUGUUCUCCUGUCUUCAGGAGCCAGGAAAAAUGCCCUGAGUAUUAUCUAAGGGACUUUUCUUUUUGAGUUAACUCGGAGCCUUGUGACAGGAGAAGGAAGCAGCCUGGAGAACAGGGACAUUUUUCCAAACUCCUGUGUAGACGCCAUCCCCGCGCCUCAGGAAUGUGUCUCCUGCCGUGGCCAAAACCCCCUCCAGUGCUCCCAUCCGAAGGGCGCGUUUGCCGUUUGUCCUGCGAGCCGCUGUCUUUGACGAGGCCAUAGGCUUCUUGGCAGGAACCAAAGCUUUGAGGGGCACCCCCUCCUCCCCCCACCCCACCCCGCCGCCCUGAGGGUCUCCACGGAGGUGUCUUCAGUUCAUGGCCUGGAAGCAGGGAAGAAAGUGCGUGCAGAUGAGGGCGUGCGUGUGGGCAAGGCCUGGCCCCCGCAGGCACAGGAGGGCGGGAGCCCCCAGGCUGGACCGCCUUCACCCCGUGUCCCCCGCGCUGGGCGCCCCUGGGCUCGCGGAAGGGCUGAGCCAGCUGCGGCUGUGCAGGCCUGACCCUUCAGGAGCAGGACGGUACGGGUGAGAGAAGGUGGUGGAUCUGAAGUGAAAGUCAGGCCGUGGCCUUCCUAACAGGUGGGUCGUCUGCCCACCUCCUGUGUUAUAACUGGGAAGAAGGUUUGAAGUCAGGCCUAUGAUGAAGAAAGAUCAAAACCCCAGUCUCGGACUGGGAAAACAAGGUGGUGGUAGUUCACGCGUUUUCAAAAUUAUUUAAGCUCCUCAUCCUGUUCCAUAAAAGUGUGGCUCCCCCUCUGUCACCUGGAUGGCUGUGAGCAGCGUUCAGCCCUCACCCUGGAGUGAGCAUGAGGGGUUGGGGUCCAAAGCCAGGCGUUCUCCCCAGCUGACAGCCGCUCCCUGCAGCCUCACGGUCAGAGCCUGCGCGGCCCGUGCUGGGCGCUGUCGGAGCGGUGAAGCCCUCCCUCUCAGUGUUGGAGGGAUCGGGCAGAGAGGAUUGUGCGCGUCAGGAGUGAUCAGUGGUAUUUAUAGCUUCGCUUUCUGCCCCGGCUCCCUGAAUCUGCCUGCGAGAAACACCCUUGCCUCUCUGAGAAACCGGCCGUGGACCGGAAGCCACUGGCUGUGAGAGUUUAGGAGGUAAAGGGUCCGCUUUCCUUGAAUAAAGUCUGUAUUCUGCUAGAAAAUUACUUCUUGGACAGUAAGAACAAUCACCGAUCUCUCCCACUUUUAUUUUUAUUUUUUGAAAUCAUCGAUCUAUUAAUCCCGGCUCUGAACGGUGGCCAAAGACUCCAUUAGCCUAUUUUUCCGCCCCUCGGUGUUGUAACAUUUUAGCAGCAGUGCGUCCCCUGAACACACCUGGGGGCUCAUUCUCUUGUGAGGAGAAGCUUGCUCAAGUGUAAAAGACGGUUUCUCAGAUCAUAGCCUGAGCCGCUUUUCUUUCCAGAAACCACUCUAGAGUAAAAUUUACAGGUUUGUUUUUUUUUUUCCCUUGGACAUAUCCAGCCAGCAAAGGCAGCACCCAGUCUCUUCAUAAUGCUGCUCCAUAGGGCUGUCAGGGCAAGGGGUCCGCUCCCUUGUUGGGACCUCCCCACGACCCACAGCCCUCUCCCCCCCACCCCUCCCUGCUGACCCUCUCCCCUCCCCCCCUUUUGGCCAGGCUCUCAGUUCCAUGUGGGCUCAGCCUGGGAACACAGGCUGAAGCCCUUGGUGCAUUGCAUCAUUUUCUGCCAGCAGCUGUGAGAAGGAUGUAUUUUCCAAGCUCAGGAGAAUUUUAUCCCGAGAGCACAUAUGAUCUCUUUCGACUGUGUGUGAUGUUCUGCCCCCACGUGGAAACAGAUGUCUUGUUUUAGUCCUCACUGACCAAGGAGCCAUGUCAGAGAUGCUGGUUUUCACUGUGAGUGGCUCUGACUGUCUCCCCGGUCCUGGAGCAUUGCCUUCCGGGACCUGAGACAGUUUGCCCCCUGCACCCCACAGAGCGCUGGGGCCGUUGGUGCUUCCUGCUGCCCGGCAGCUGAACUUCAGAGGACCUGGGUCCUUGCCCACCCCUCCUCCUGCCCCCCACCUCGCCUCACCUUUGCUUCCCUGACCCGCCCCAACCUUGAGCAGAUUCAGAAUUGGCUGAGUCCAGGGUGCCUGUGGCCUGUGGCUUUUUUUUUUCUUCUUCUUCUUAAGAAUUCAGUAAAUUAAUGGCUUCCCCACUGAAAAAGUUAAGUUAGAUUUUGUCUUGAUCCUUCUUGGUGUACCAGAAACAAAUCACAGCAGACUUUGUAGAAGAUCUGCCCCUUUCCUCCGCUUUUCUGCUGGGUGUUUUCGGGCAGGAGGUCUUCAGAGCUUCGCCCGAGUUGAUGCUAGUCCUUGUCACCUCCACCUGGAACGCAGUUAUUGAUUGGCGAGCCGGACACUCUCCAGCUUCCCCUGGGGCCUCUCCUGUCACCUGGCGAUGCACCCGCCCACUCUGCCCAGUGUGUGCCUCAAAGAUAGUGUUUCUGGGACGUGGACACGCACCUCCCUUGCGGGGCUGUGUGAAGAAUGCAGCCAGGGGAGGGACAGGGAGGUGCCAGAGUCAGGAUUCGCUUGUUGUCACACCAGGGACCUUUGGGCUUCCAGCCAUUUGGGAAGGGGGUCCCUGAUGAAGUUAGUAAAGGUCAAGGUCAGACAGAGAAUUUAGCUCACUCCCAAGACAGCAAGCUUGUCUUGAGGCAGGGUCUGAGGUGUGGUGGGCAGACAGAUCAGUCAGGAAGCCAGCCGUCAGCCUUCUUAGCAUUUAAGACACUCAUUACAAAAGGAUCCAAAAAUCCUGUCCACACAAGGGGGUUUCUUGACGCCUUAAGCAGCUUCUGCAGAUCGUAAAAUUGGAUUUGCCUGGUCAUGUGACCUCAAAAGAACUCAGACACAUCCAAUCCAGAAAAUAAGUUUCAUUUGGGGGAGAAAAUGUCUGUAAAUAUUUUUUGCUUUCCAGGUUAGUUUGGGAUGCAGAGGGCGCUGUCAGUAUUUUUUUUUUCUUUUUAAAUGCUGAUGAUCAUGAAGAGUAUUUAUGUAAACAUAUAACGGGUGGGGGUUCCAAUCAGGGUAAUGUAGAGGAUGGAUUCUCCUGCUGUGACGCGAAGAUGUAAAAUAAAGAUUCUGUGGCGGA